AAUAUAGAAGAAAACAACUAUUUCUUCAUAUAAUUCCAUUAUGAAGAUUAAACUAUCCACAAUUUCAAUCUUUUUCUUUCUUAUUUCUGCUUCUGCUCGACUACUUAAUCAAACCUCCAACAAUAAUGGAGAUACAGCAGUCGAAUUGCACGAAAACGAGCCACCCCAUAUCAAAAGAUCCGAAUUUCCACCCGGGUUUCUCUUUGGGUCAGCUACUUCUGCUUACCAAGUUGAAGGAGCUUAUCUAGAAGAUGAUAAAUCCUUAAGCAAUUGGGAUGUAUAUUGCCAUUCCAUAGGGUGUGGACUGAAUGGAGAGAAUGGAGAUAUCGCAGAUGAUCACUAUCAUCUAUUCAUGAAUGAUAUUGAGCUGAUGCAUUCACUUGGUAUAGAAGCAUACCGAUUUUCGAUAUCAUGGGCUAGAAUUCUUCCAAGAGGUAGAUUUGGUCAAGUCAAUCCUGCAGCCAUCAUGUUCUAUAACAAGAUCCUAGACAAUCUGAUCCUCAAAGGACUAGAACCAUUUGUGACUAUUUAUCAUGUUGACUUUCCUCAAGAAUUUGAAGACAGAUACGGGUCUUGGUUAAACCCUGAAAUGCAGGAAGAAUUUUUAUAUAUGGCAGAAAUUUGUUUCAAGUAUUUUGGGGACCGAGUGAAGCAUUGGGUCACAAUUAAUGAACCAAAAUUUGUAGCAGAAAUGGCUUAUGAAAUAGGGGCUGUUCCUCCAUCUCGUUGUUCAGAGCCUUACGAAAACUGUAAUGAUGGAAAUUCAGAUGUUGAGCCACUCAUUGCUAUACACAACAUGUUGUUGGCCCAUGGCAGGGCAGCCAAGCUAUAUCAUGAAUAUUUUCAGCCUAAACAAGGGGGCUUAAUCGGGCUUACUGUGCACGCUUGCAUGUAUGAACCACUAACUGAUACUGAACUAGAUCGAGGAGCUGCCAAAAGGGCAUUUGCAUUCCAUGCUGGCUGGGUACUUGAUCCCUCAAUAUUUGGAGAAUACCCUGAAGAAAUUCAGCAAUAUCUUGGAAGCAGAUUACCAAGUUUCUCCCUCGAAGAAAAGAACUAUAUGAAGAACAGCAUUGAUUUUAUUGGGAUCAACCAUUAUUCAAGUAUUUAUGCCAAGGAUUGUACUAAUUCUAGCUGUUCUGCUACUGCGAAUCGUGCAAUGCAGGGUUUUGUAGAUACUGUUGCGGAACGUGAUGGUGUGCUGAUUGGUGGACUUACCGGGGUUGAAGGAUCGUAUGUUGUUCCUGGAGGCAUGAGGAAGAUUGUUAAUCUGAUGAAGAAUCGCUACAAUAACAUACCCAUGUUUGUUACUGAAAACGGGUAUUCAUCACCAAAUGGACAGGAGCUACAAGUUAAUGAGCUACUGAAUGAUGUCAAACGAAUCGAAUAUCAUUCCACGUACCUUGCUUCUUUACUCCAGUCUAUCAGAGAGGGAGCAGACGUACGCGGCUAUUUUGCAUGGUCGUUAAUGGAUAGCUAUGAAUGGUUGAAAGGUUAUAGCGUGAGGUACGGGUUCUACUAUGUGGAUCAUCAAACACAGAUUCGGAUACCAAAACUUUCUGCAAGAUGGUACAAGAAUUUCUUGACGAACAACGGCGAUCUUAUUGAAAAGGAAACAUCAAGAGAUAAUGCAUCAUUUCACAAAGAUGUAAAAAUGCAAUUAAAAGCAGAUGCAUAGAAGAUUUUUCAAAAGAAAUGUAUAUCUUCUGUUCAUAAUUCAUUUAUCCUAAGAAUGUUUAUAUAUUAUUGUUGGUCUAUGUUUUUUUUUCUGA